GAAACCCUAACUCAACUUCCAUCACCAAAACCCAAUCCACUCUUCAUCAUCAUCUCAAGUCAUGGCUGGAAUUGCACCUGAGGGGUCACAGUUCGAUACUCGUCAAUAUGAUUCCAAAAUGAAUGACUUACUUUCAUCUGAUGGGCAGGAUUUCUUCACUUCCUAUGAUGAGGUCUAUGAUAGUUUUGACGCUAUGGGUUUGCAGGAGAAUCUUCUCAGGGGCAUUUACGCAUAUGGUUUUGAAAAGCCAUCUGCCAUUCAGCAAAGGGGAAUAGUUCCCUUCGUCAAGGGACUUGAUGUUAUUCAGCAGGCUCAGUCUGGAACUGGGAAGACUGCUACUUUCUGCUCCGGUAUUCUGCAGCAACUUGACUAUGGCUUGACUCAAUGCCAAGCCUUGGUUUUAGCACCAACCCGUGAGCUGGCUCAGCAGAUUGAGAAGGUUAUGCGGGCACUUGGAGAUUAUCUCGGUGUGAAGGUUCACGCAUGUGUGGGAGGUACCAGUGUGCGUGAAGACCAACGCAUUCUAUCUAGUGGUGUUCAUGUUGUGGUUGGUACCCCUGGUCGUGUGUUUGACAUGCUGCGCAGGCAGUCACUUCAGCCAGAUUACAUCAAGAUGUUUGUAUUGGAUGAGGCUGAUGAAAUGCUUUCCCGGGGUUUCAAGGAUCAGAUCUACGAUAUAUUUCAGCUGCUGCCAUCUCAGAUUCAAGUGGGAGUUUUCUCUGCUACAAUGCCUCCCGAGGCCCUUGAGAUCACAAGGAAGUUUAUGAACAAGCCUGUGAGGAUCCUUGUGAAGCGUGAUGAGCUCACCUUGGAGGGUAUAAAGCAGUUUUAUGUCAAUGUUGAGAAAGAGGAAUGGAAGCUGGACACACUCUGUGAUCUUUAUGAGACCUUAGCUAUCACUCAGAGUGUCAUUUUUGUGAACACUAGAAGGAAAGUUGAUUGGUUGACUGACAAGAUGAGAAGCCGAGACCACACAGUCUCAGCAACCCAUGGAGACAUGGACCAGAAUACCAGGGACAUUAUUAUGCGUGAAUUCCGUUCUGGUUCUUCCCGUGUCUUGAUUACUACUGAUCUUUUGGCUCGUGGUAUUGAUGUCCAACAAGUGUCUCUAGUUAUAAAUUUUGAUCUCCCUACACAGCCUGAGAACUAUCUUCAUCGUAUUGGUCGUAGUGGGAGGUUUGGAAGGAAAGGUGUUGCUAUCAACUUUGUCACAAAGGAUGACGAGAAAAUGCUGUAUGACAUCCAGAAGUUUUAUAAUGUGUUAGUUGAGGAGCUUCCUUCAAAUGUGGCCGAGCUCCUCUGAUGAGAUUUUGUCCUCCAUCGUAUUAGAUGUAAUGCUUCUCUCUCCCAUCUGUUUCCCUGGUUGUACUUCUGCUCUUAAACUUUGUUUAAUAGGCUUAGUAAUUUAAUUUAAAUUGUGAGUUGUCUGAAUAUCUAACUGAUUAUUACUUUGCUAUGUCGAAUCUCAUUAAUGACCCAAUUGGUGUAUGUCUGUCGUUGCACAUUUCUAGCUGGCA